AUGGCCCCAACUUUCCAGACGACGUACGUGGUUGCAAACAUUAUUGUACUAAUAAACACAAAGGAAAAGACAAUAAAGAAAACAUCCAUACCUCCUGGGAGAUUGAUCGUCCACCCCUCCUUGGGUAGACCUCUCUUGCUGUCGUCAAACAAAUUUGUAGGUGCUUCCGGAAGGCCCGACCGCUUUCUAUUCCCCUCAUUAUCGCUGUCUCUCAAAGCCUCUAAUAAAUUGCUUCCGAGUCCUGUCUUAAUCGGCUUCGAGUCCACCCUAGCAGCCCUCAGCCUCUCUCUCGCUGUUAGUGGGGCCCGUUUUGGGGUCAGGCCCGAGUUGGGUGCGGACGGGCCCGGAUCAGGAUAUACGGGCCCAUUGGAUGACUGUGAAGCCACAUAG